ACCGGUUCUGGAGACAAAAGGGGCCGCGGCGGCCGGAGCGGGACGGGCCCGGCGCGGGAGGGAGCGAAGCAGCGCGGGCAGCGAGCGAGAUGCAGCGCCGAGGCUUCCUCCUCCUCGCCCUCCUCGCCCUGCUGGCGCUCACCUCCGCGGUGGCCAAAAAGAAAGACAAAGUGAAGAAGGGAGGCCCGGGGAGCGAGUGCGCGGAGUGGACCUGGGGGCCCUGCACCCCCAGCAGCAAGGACUGCGGCGUGGGUUUCCGCGAGGGCACCUGCGGGGCCCAGACGCAACGCAUCCGGUGCCGGGUGCCCUGUAACUGGAAGAAGGAGUUUGGAGCCGACUGCAAGUACAAGUUUGAGAGCUGGGGGGCAUGUGAUGGGGGCACAGGCACCAAAGCCCGCCAAGGCACCCUGAAGAAGGCGCGGUACAAUGCCCAGUGCCAGGAGACCAUCCGUGUGACCAAGCCCUGCACCCCCAAGACCAAAGCCAAGGCCAAAGCUUCAUUCCUGACUCACAGCAGCCCUGGAGGCCAACAGGGCAGAGGGGAAUCUGCCCACUUCUCAGCCAAGAAAGGGAAGGGAAAGGACUAGCGGCCAGGCCUGGAUGCCAAGGAGCCCCUGGCUUUACUCGGAGGCCUGGCCCACGCCCUCCCUCUACCGGCCCAGGAUAUAACCCACCAGUGCCUUUUGCCUGCUCGUUAGCUUUAUCAAUCAUGCCCUGCUUCUUCCCUUUCACUUGCCCACACCCACCCCAAGUGCCCAAAGUGGGGAGGGACAAGGGAUUCUGGGCAGCUUGAGCCUUGCCCAAAGGGAUUUGAUUCCCCUGUACCCACUUUUCUUCUUCCCCCAAUGAUGCCAUUACUAAGAAAUAAAUAAAUGUCUUUUUUUUUUUUCCCCCCCAAUAAAAGCUUUCUUUUAAUAUAUAAA